AUGCUGCUGAACCCUCGACUCCUCAUACGCGUCCAAGACCUUUUGUGCGCUACCCCCGUUCUGACCCGCAUACGUUGCGCUUUCGCUCGUCGCGCUCGUGGGUUGCAUUUGAUGGUCGCCCCAGCCCGCGUUACCUCCUGCGGUGGUGGAAGGGUAAUCGUAUCCGCCGGUGACGACGUUGUCCAGACGUUCGCUCCUCCAAUUCAACCAAGCCAGUACGGUCACAGCUACUGCAAUGGGGAUAGCGAUGAGGGCCAUGUAAAACGCUGGUCCGGGCAUGGACUUUGGGUUGUCAGCGACCCUGUUCAUCUGACGCUGAACGUACACGAACAGGGCGAUAUCGAUCGCAAACGCAAUCAACGCCAACAAGGCCGCCACACCGUUCACCACCACCGCCGUUGCCCUGAUGACCUGCUUCGGGAUCGCCAGCCCAACCAAUCCGAUCAGUGCGGCGACAAACGCGACGACGUGAACUGCCAACCCGCGCGUCCAGGAGGAUCCGAUGGUGAUGCUGUCCCUAGCAGCAGUGCUGGUGUUGUUCGGGUUGAUGCCGAACGUAGCGCUGUAACCGUGCGAGUGUUUGAAGCAGGCAAAGUUCGAAGUGCCGUUGAGCGAGGAGCAGUAACCCCAAGUACCGAACUUCAGACCGCCAAUCGGUCGUUCUCGAUUGGUACCGUUGGUGAGAUCGACAAUUCCAUCCAGUCGACUGGAUCGGACGAAAUCGAACGGCGUAGAAUCGGACAGCGUCGUGGGCGUGGAAAUGGUGACGAGCACGAGCAGGAUCACCGAAAUCGCCGAGAGCGUGAGUGCUGGGAUGAGGUAUUUCUUCGUCAUGUCGAAAACGAGUGCGGAUAUUGA